AGUGGUGAAUGGCUGGAGGGAGCAGGCUGCUUGGCAGGCGCUACGUGGGCAGGAGACCAGGAGCGGGCGUCCGGGUGUAAAGUAGAGGCGAGGGGCUGGGAUUGGUGAGGCGCUGGAUGUGGCUGGGGAGGAUUUUCACGGCAGCGUUUUGGCUAGACGGGGGGCUGAAGUGAUGGGACUUUCCUAACUGGCCAUAGCCCCGCGUGGGCCUGGGUGGGCCUGUGCGCAGAGGCACUCGCCUGCCACCCUGGAUGGCCACCCACUGCGCCCUGCGGGCCAGGCCAGGCCAGCCCCACCCUCCUGAGUGCACAUGGCCCUGGGCUUGGUGGAGUCACACUAGGGGCGAACAGGGCCUGUGCGCUGCUCUUCCGAAAGGAGAAAGACGAGGCGGCGCCGUGGGGAGCCCCCGGGGCACGUGGAGGGCGGCUCGAGGGGCCUUCCCAGCCACAAGGCGGCAGCACGACGCCCUGGCCCCAGCCGCGUCUUCCUCUAUGAUCACUGAGGGGAGACAGGCACCGAAAUCGGCCUUUCUCUCUAUGAAUAUUCUUAUGCACAUUCAGCUUAUAUAAAGAAAUGACCACACAGUACAGUAUACUCUUCAAGCAAGAACAAGCACAUGAUGAUGCCAUUUGGUCAGUUGCAUGGGGAAAGAAUAAAAGAGAUGGUUCUGAAACGGUAAUCUCUGGAUCUUUAGAUGAUCUAGUGAAGGUCUGGAAAUGGACUGAUGAAAAAUUAGAUCUACAAUGGACUUUAGAGGGCCAUCAACUGGGUGUGGUAUCAGUAGAUAUCAGCCACACAGGGACCAUUGCAGCAUCCAGUUCCCUAGAUGCUCAUAUUCGUCUUUGGGACUUAGAAACUGGCAAACAGAUCAAGUCCAUAGAUGCUGGUCCUGUUGAUGCCUGGUCGUUGGCUUUUUCACCAGAUUCCCAGUAUCUUGCAACAGGAAGUCAUGUGGGAAAAGUGAACAUUUUUGGUGUUGAAACUGGAAAAAAGGAAUAUUCUCUGGACACUAGAGGGAAAUUCAUCCUUAGCAUUGCAUAUAGUCCAGAUGGAAAAUAUUUAGCCAGUGGAGCAAUAGAUGGCAUUAUCAAUAUUUUUGAUAUUGCAACUGGAAAGCUUCUGCAUACGCUAGAAGGCCAUGCGAUGCCAAUUCGCUCAUUGACGUUUUCUCCGGAUUCCCAGCUGCUUGUUACAGCUUCAGAUGAUGGAUAUAUCAAAAUCUAUGAUGUACAACAUGCAAACUUGGCAGGCACACUAAGUGGUCAUGGAUCCUGGGUAUUAAAUGUGGCAUUUUGUCCAGAUGAUACUCAUUUUGUUUCCAGUUCAUCUGACAAAAGUGUAAAAGUUUGGGAUGCUGGAACAAGGACCUGUGUUCAUACCUUCUUUGAUCAUCAGGAUCAGGUCUGGGGCGUGAAAUACAAUGGAAAUGGUUCCAAAAUUGUAUCUGUUGGAGACGACCAGGAAAUCCAUAUCUAUGACUGUCCAAUUUAAAUAUGCUGAGUCAGGUGUAUUGGUUAAUUAUCUAUGUACAGGUUUUCAGAAGUACUGCACUUCUCAUAUGUUGCCACUUAAAGAUGCUUCUGAUUAUUUUGUUAAUGUGAUGAUGUAUUUUACCAAUGCUGAGCUGAAUCUUGGAUUCUAUUGAUACAAUAGAAAAAUCACAUAUAAACCUUUAUGUAUAUUUUAUCUUUAUCACUUUACAUUUGGCAUGAAAGAACUCACUAUUUUAGUUGCAUAUAACUGCUGCUUUCUCUUAAGCAGUCUCGGGUACAUAUUUCCAAAUACAUACUGUUCCAAUGUGAAGUAACUGCUUACUUAAGCUACCUCCAUAUUUUUCUCUCCGGAACUAUAUAAAUAGAUUUGAAUCUGAAAUUGUUGACUGGCUCUGGCUAAGGCUUAAUUUAAGAAACAUUACUGGCUCUUACACCAUGUCUAUGUGUCAGACAUGGCAACCAGCAUGCUGGUUGCUAAACAGUUGUCCUGGUGAUGUGGGACAGGGUCAUUUAAGUUGAACAUAUUCUAGCACCUGUGCUCAAGGCACAUGGUUCACUAGUCAUAGUGUAUCAACUUUAAAUUAAAAAAAAAACCACCCCAAACUUAA